AGUGACACCACCUGCACUGUGAUUGGAGCGGGUUUGAUAGUGGGAAGUCCCCGUACGCCGGUGUCUCCCUGGUUGCGCAAGACGCCAUUUUGGAGUGACAGUGAAAGAUAACGGAAAGAUCGAGAAGCUGUCUUUCUAAAGCUUCGUCACCAUGGGGAAUAUAUUUGCAAGUCUAUUCAAAGGCCUGUUUGGCAAAAAAGAGAUGAGGAUUCUAAUGGUUGGGCUCGAUGCUGCUGGAAAAACAACCAUCCUAUAUAAACUGAAGCUUGGAGAGAUAGUCACCACCAUUCCCACCAUUGGCUUUAACGUUGAAACUGUAGAAUACAAGAACAUCAGCUUCACAGUGUGGGAUGUGGGCGGUCAGGACAAAAUCAGGCCGCUGUGGCGCCACUACUUCCAGAACACUCAAGGGCUUAUCUUUGUGGUGGACAGCAACGACAGAGAGAGAGUGAACGAGGCGAGGGAGGAGUUGUCCAGAAUGCUCGCUGAGGAUGAACUCAGAGACGCCGUGCUGCUCGUUUUUGCAAAUAAACAGGAUCUCCCCAACGCUAUGAACGCUGCAGAGAUCACAGACAAGCUGGGCUUGCACGCCCUCCGCCAGCGCAGCUGGUACAUCCAGGCCACCUGUGCCACCAGUGGGGAUGGCUUGUACGAGGGCCUGGACUGGCUCUCCAACCAGCUCAAGAACCAGAAAUGAUCCAUUCCACCAGUUUUGAUUUUUGUUUGUCGUUUAUUUUUUCUGUUUCAACACAGCGGCAGCACCGGACCCAGGCCCCCCUUCGCUCCCAUCUAACCCAAGUUUCAGUCCCAGCUCUUUCUUUCAAGAACUUCCUUCAUUCCCUCCCUCCUGCUUUCUGCCCUCCUCAGUACUCUCGGGGCUCUAGCCUGUGCUGCUUGUGUGUGUGUGGGCGUGUGUGUGUGUGUGUGCGUGCGCGUGUGUGCGUGCGUGUGCGUACCUUGUGUGUUCAGCAUGUGUGUGCGUGCGUGUGUGUGUGGGUGUGAAGGCGUCUCUGUGUAUGUUGGCUGGGAUUGGGAGUAACCCUGGCGUGCCUUUUACACACCUCCUGUGGAAUCAGCAGUCUGGUUUUCAAGCCCCUUUCUCCAUCCACCAAACUCAGCCUCUGCCCCACUCAGCCUGCCCCCACUCCAAGUCUUGCACGGCCCCCUCCUCCCCGCCCUUACUCUCCAGAGGAAGCAUGGUUUUCAUACGGCAAAGAAAGAGCAAGGGUGCAAGCCCCCCCUCCCCCUGUAGUAUAUAUCUAUGUUAACUAGAACUGUUCACCUGAUGUAGACUGAAUGCUAAAUGUUCAUUUUAACCUCUCUUUGAUUUUGAAACCUCAAACCCACCAGUUAAGAGAUUCAGUAAAUUGCAUCUUAACCUGUAUCAGGUCGAAACAAAUCAAAAAACAGAAAAAGAAAAAAAAAAACGCCCAUCCUCGGUCAUUCUGGUGUCAUCUGAAAAUCAUGCUGUUUGUUUUAUUAUUAUUAUAUUGGAAUAUAACAGAUUAUUCUUAGCGAUGGUUCUCCAGUGAACACUACCUUUGUCCCCCACCAAGCGAGACCGUGAAGCACAAAGCAAGCCAACAGUUUUAAAAAUUAGGAUCUGAGAGUAUAUGCAAUUCUGGUCUAUAUUUUUGGAUAGCUGGCAUUUAAUUAACCCCGGAUUAAAUUGGAUUAUGAGAUGCCCCUCCGUACGACGGCUCAUCCUGACAGUGUUCCUUUGUGACGUAGGUCAUAUACAAAGUGUUGGGCAUUUCACAGGCGUCAGCCGGUUGACUGAAGACAGGUGUCCUGAUACAUUCACAAGCUUCACAUGUUAUUCCUUUCAGAGAUGUUACAUGUGUUUUUUUUUCUGUAACUAGUUUUAGCAUUUCUAUUUGUACUUUGACUGCUGAACCAAAUGCAUUUGAGCAGUAUGACAAAUCCUGUAUAUGAGCGUAGUGUAUCCUCGAGGGCCUCAAGAGGUUUUCUCUCACCAACGGUUGGCAGUUUUACUUUGACAUCUGAAAGCAUCCAGCUGUCUAGUUUUCCUGGUUGGGAUGAAGGAUUGGCACCAAAUAUGAAGGCUCUUUAACUGUGAAUGGUCCAUACAUGAAGAAAGGAAACCUAGUUGGAUGUCUGGGCGAUGGCAGGCUACUACACAUUAUAGCGCCGCACACUUCAUGACCGAGGAGACCAACACAACACGUACUGUGUGUGUGUGUAGCUCGUCAGCGAGCAGGAAGGACUUGAUGGUCGACCUGUUUAAAGGGGAAUGGGUGUUGGGUUAACUGGUCGUGAGAGUCAGCGGGCGUUCUCAGUGUCACGGGGGUUAAGCUGGCACUUGUGUCGAGAAUGAUUGUAAAUCUGUACGUUCCCCUGUAAACUGUUUCUGUGGGGAUUUCCUGAACACAUUAAUAAACAUGAUUUGAUCCAA